AUGGCAUCAUGUCGCCCUUUCAGGACCUCCCCAUUCUCAGAAACUGUGGUGGAGUGCAUGCGAAGACUGUACCCUGAGAGCCUGGCCGAUAAGAGCUUUGAUAAUACAGGAUUAUUACUCGAAGCACCAUUGAAUAAGAACAGGCGGCUGCAGAAUUCAGUCCUCCUAACGAUCGAUUUGACACAAGCAGUUGCUUCGGAGGCAAUUGAGCGCGGCGAUUCGAUCAUUGUCGCUUAUCAUCCCAUAAUCUUUCGCGGCCUAAAGUCCUUAACCUCCAACAAUACGCAGCAGCAAACCCUACUCCGGCUUGCUGCGGAAGGUAUAAGCGUAUAUUCCCCACAUACUGCCGUCGAUGCAGUCCCUGGUGGUAUGGCCGAUUGGCUCUGCGACAUCGUCACUCGUCGCGAGAAUAAGAACACUCUGCAGGACGACGCGGCACGGUCUUCGAUAUCAGGUAAAUCCCAACCACCACCACUCCCUCCUCGGACAGAUUCACCGGCCGUGUUACCUCAUAUUAUUGUUCCUACAUCUCAUCGUUGUUCUUCAGCUUCAGCUUCCGACAUGACAAUCCCCCAUUCUCGCUCGGUCCUCCUUCAGAACCCAUCACCACCCCCUGGGUUCGAAGGUGCUGGUGUAGGCCGCAUAGUAUCCUUCUCCACGCCUCAACCAUUAACAUCAAUCCUUCAACGCAUCACCUCUUUCAUUGGCCUUCCGCGUGGCCUUCUGCAUUUCCCCGUCGCCAUACCGCAUGGCUCAAGUGCCGCCGAUAUGCAAAUACGCACGGUAGCCACAUGUCCUGGCUCUGGGUCCUCGAUUCUCAUGAAAGAUGGCAGACCCGUGGCAGACCUGCUUUUGACGGGUGAAAUGAGCCAUCAUGACGCCUUGGCUGCCAUCGAGAAUGGAUCGGUGGUGGUGUCCCUUUUCCACUCGAAUUCUGAGCGAGGCUAUCUGCACGACAAUGGUCCCAAAUGGCCGAGGAUCUGGCUGAUCUGCCGGAGACUGCAAGCAAUGAGCUGGUAG